AGGAGGUUUCGUCGUCGCUGUUGGUAACGCCGCAAGAGAGCGUCAUCAAUACCGAAGAGAAUAUGACGAAAAUAAAAAAGCUGAUACAAGAAUUUGAAACUGCUAAGCAACAAGAAACAAGUUCGAAAACUAAAUUGCCGGUGGUGCUUGAGAGUCGAGUCGAUAUACAGCAAAUAUUGCAAAGUUUUGAACAGCUCACCGAAAGUCGCGUGCUGAAGGAAAGUCUAGUGCUAUUUGGAUGCUUAGAUGGGUCCGUCAACAACGUCGCCGGCGCCGCUACCACCACAGCCACCAUUCCAAGAAAUAACGUUCGGGAAGCCCGGUUAAGCAAAACGACGAGCAAUAAUGUGCGCAGCAAAAUCGAAUUAUUUAACCAAAGUCAGAGUUUAUUGAAAACAUGUAAAAGUUGCUCCACCGAAAUUGAUUUCAGUAUAUUAUUAAAUGACAGUCACCACGACAAGCCCGAUGGAGUAUGCUCGAAUUAUGCUUCAUGCUGUAGCAGUUUGCUUAGUAUACCAAAAUGCUUAUCCAAGGAUAAUAUACUUAAACGACAGAGAUCUUUGGAGAAUGGCUACGAGGGCGACAACGACGACAGUGACUAUAACCUAUUGAUCGCUAAAAAGAAAAAACUGGGCAGUAAAUCAACGGAAAUAAAUAGGACAAGUGACUAAAAAUUUGGGAAAAGUAUAAUA